GUGACGUUUGGAAUGGAUGCUCAUAAACAGAAGGCUGCGCAGAAUGACACCCACGUGUGGUACUGGUGAGGCGGCUAUGCAGCAGGAAGAGAGCGCACUGCAGAGAAGCUGGCUCCCCGGACUCUCCCCUGCUGAACACGGUGACAGAGGGCAAAAAAGAGGGGGGCACUUUUAAUUGACAGAAACAUUUGAUGGGGCUUUCCUUCUGUAGCAAAAACAUCUUGGCUCCCAUGGUUCGUAUAGGUACUCUCCCCAUGCGACUUCUUGCUCUAGAUUAUGGUGCAGACAUUGUGUAUUGCGAGGAGCUGGUUGACAUAAAGAUGUUGCAGUGUAAGAGAGUUGUAAAUGAAGUUCUCCAGACAGUGGACUACAUCGCUCCCACAGAGAGAAUAAUUUUUCAGACCUGUGAGAGGGAGAAAGGCCGGAUUGUUUUCCAGAUGGGGACGUCUGAUGCAGAGCGGGCAUUAUCUGUUGCAAAACUUAUAGAAAAUGAUGUUGCUGCUAUUGACAUUAACAUGGGCUGUCCAAAGGAGUAUUCCACAAAGGGUGGCAUGGGGGCAGCACUUCUAUCGAAUCCUGCAAAAAUUGAGACAAUACUGAAAACAUUGGUAAACGGUAUUUCUAAACCAGUCACCUGUAAGAUACGUAUCCUUCCUACGCUGGAAGAAACUGUCAGUCUGGCGAAGCUUAUCGAGAGCACUGGUGUUGCAGCUAUCGCUGUUCAUGGAAGGAAGAAAGAGGAACGGCCUCAACACCCUGUCCACUGCAACUUUAUCAAAGCAAUAUCUGAGUCCAUAUCAAUUCCUGUUAUUGCCAAUGGAGGCUCACAGGAGAUUAUACGAGAGUUCGGAGACAUAGAAGCAUUUCGAUCAGUCACGGCUUCUUCUUCUGUAAUGAUAGCACGGGCAGCCAUGUGGAAUCCUUCUUUGUUUCGGAGAGAGGGCACCUUGCCUAUAGAAGAUGUCAUGCGUGAUUACAUUAGACACGCUGUGCGGUACGAUAAUCAUUAUACCAACACGAAGUAUUGCUUAUGUCAAAUGUUACGGGACCAGCUUGAGUCUCCUUUGGGUAAAAGGCUUCACGCAGCACAAUCAACAUGGGACAUUUGUGAAGUAUUUGAAAUGACAGCAUAUUACGAGAGCUGCAGAUUAUCUCAGGAAGCCAGGAAAGUGUCCCUUGAUAUCAGCGUUCAAGAGACUCCAGAAACGGACGAUAGCAAUGAGGAGAAUAAUUGCAUAAUACGAAUGCCUAUCAAGUUUGAAAGAAAAGACUACCGACCCCAAGUCACUCCCAAGAUGCUCCUUCUGGAAUGGUGCAGGAAAGAAAAAUUUCCCCAGCCAGUAUAUCAAACUGUUCAGAGAUCACUUGAUAGAUUUUUCCAUUCUGUGGUCACUGUGAAUGAGAAGAAAUAUUGUUCAACCAUGUGGGAUAAGUCUAAGAGACUAGCAGAACAAGCUUCAGCCAUUGUUUGUCUCCGUACGCUAGGGCUACCUGAAGGGAAGCUUGGCGAGGGAAAUAGCGACCUUUUCCUAAAGAGAAAAAGAGACCUCCAGAAUGUCGAUGUAGAGAGUCUACCACAAGAAUCACAGACUAUAAAAAGGCAUCAAAAUGACGAGAUGUUUGACAAAUUAAAAGAUUUGCAACAGCUUUGACACAAAACCAUAUGAAUGUGACUCCACACUUAACUGUAUUUUCUACCCUUAUUUUAUUACAUUUUAACAAAAUGCGAGGAACAACAAUAAAAAAUAAUCCAUAUAGGCCUUAUAUGAAUGUAAGGCUAAUCAUUUCCCUGUCUUUUCUCAAUAUGGUGUUUUUCUUUGGAUAUAGAAGCAUCAACAAUUGCUUUGAAGAAUUAAAUUUACCCUAAGUAUUUA